AUGUUGAUGCUAAUACAAGCUUUCUUGUUUGUACAACUUUUCACUCGUCUCUUGUUCGUCCAUGCAGAUGUUUCGAUUGUAAAACCAACUAGCGGUGCUUCUUACUCACCAGAAUCGGGCAGUGACUCGAUUGAUAUUGAAAUCGUAUGGGAAGAAAGUGUGGAUUUACCUUCUAUUUCCAGUUACGACUAUUUCACUUUUAGUUUGUUAUAUGGACCAGGCACGGAUAUGGAUCUAAUCGAUAAAGUAGAAGAAGUGGCCGCCUCAAACAUCACAUUAUCCGAAUCCCAGUACUCCUAUACACCUAGUUUCUCCAUCGCAGAUGCUGGAAACGGACAAUUUUUCAUCCAAGUUUAUGCAUAUUCUAAAGAGUUGGGUUAUACCAUUCAUUACUCACCCAGGUUCAAGAUCACCUCGAUCUCCGGCGGUGCCACCACUUACACCUACACAACCGAUUCAGAUGCAGUUCCAACACCGGAAUGGAGUUUGGCCAAUAGUGGUAUCGAUACAAAAUCGUUCACUGUGCCGUACACUCAACAAACUGGGAUCAGAAGGUACGCUCCAAUGCAGACCCAACCAGGAACUGCAAUUACAGUAACAACAUGGUCCAGAAGGUACGCAACGAGUGCAGUCACCUACUAUACCAGUCUUCGGAACUCACUGGAACAAAUGACCACUUACACCCCGGGUUGGUCCUACUCAAGAACUUCUGACUACAACUAUGCAACUCCUGCGCCAUUCCCCUCUGAUAACGGUGGUUGGUAUGACCCAACUGAUAGACAAACAUUAACCACCAGAAAACUGAACAACAAGAGAAGGUAA